AUGGGGAGGCCAGUGGAGCAGGGGCCGCAGGAUCCGAUCGAUGGGGUUGAGGUGGCUGCGGACGAGGUAGGGAUAGGAUGGCUAGCUCGUGGCCACAGCGUAGGAGGCACCGAUGGGGUUGGGGUGCCUGCAGGAGGCAUCGAUAAGGUCGGGGUGGCUGCAGCCAAGGUAAGGCUAGGGUGGCUGGCUCGAGGCGGCAGCAUAGGAGGCACCAACGAGGCUGCAAGCGAGGUGGGGCCGAGGUGGCUGGCUCAGGGCGGUGGCGUAGAAGGUGCAAUGGGGUUGGGCCACAACGUAGGAGGCAUCGAUGGUGUCGGGAUGGCCACGGAAGAGGUGGGGCUGGGGCAGUUCGCUCGAGGCCUGAGUGUAAGAGGCAUCGACGAGGUUGGGGCAGCCACAGAUGAGGCGGGGCCAAGGCCACGGCGUAAGAGGCAUCAGUGA